GGCAACCAAUGGAGUAUCGACACCCUGCUGACCAACCUCCAUGGAUCAAUCCAACACUCCACCGUUGUUGCGCCAACAGAGCCAUCGAUUUCCGCUCCAAAAGCUGUCCAAAUGUGCUUGACAUAUACCUUCUUCCCCAACCCCCACGCGUCCUUCCUUCCCAGUGCCUCAGCAAUCCCCCAUUGUCAUGCGACCAAAGCAACGAAUUCUCCCGACCCUUUUCCUUUUCCCCACCGCAAAACAAAACCCACCAACAAGAUACGAAUUCGAAUUCGAAUUCUCUGAUCUCUUGCUUUUCCCACUUUCCUCUGCUUCCCCUUUUGCCAAGCUGUUCGGUAAUGGCUGCUGCCGAGAAAGGAAUUUCCAGGGAGGUGCAGCUGUCGAUGGCGGUUUCGUCCAUGUUUCCCGGUUUUCGCUUCUCGCCGACCGAUGAGGAGCUGAUUUCCUUUUACCUGAAGAAGAAAUUGGAGGGUUGCGAGAAGAGCGUCGAAGUCAUUUCGGAGGUUGAAAUUUACAAGUACGAACCCUGGGACCUACCCGUCAAGUCUGUAAUUCAAUCAGAUAAUGAAUGGUUCUUCUUCUCUCCUCGUGGAAAAAAGUACCCAAAUGGCAAUCAGACGAGGAGAGCGACCGAUUUAGGCUACUGGAAAGCCACAGGGAAAGAACGUAAUGUAAAGUCAGGAUCCAAUGUUAUUGGUACCAAGAGGACUCUGGUUUUCCAUACUGGCCGUGCACCGAAAGGGGAGAGGACGGAGUGGAUUAUGCAUGAAUACAACACCAAGGAUAAAGCUCAGGAUUUUCUAGUUGUUUGCCGCCUCCGGAGGAAUAAUGAAUUUCGCCAACAUAGUUGCUCAAAUCGAGCUUCUUCUAGUCGAAUGAACUUAUCCUCUUCACUUGCUCAUUCUGGUGAGCAGGUGGAUUCUACAUCUGAAUCCAAUCAAAAAGAUGCAGCAGAAGCUGCAGUUGUGGAAUCUUCCGGUGAUCAGAAGGAUUAUGGCUCUGAUGAUUUCUACACAGAGAUACUAAAAGAUGACAUUAUAAACCUAGAUGAGUCCACACCUCAUGCAGAUUCGAAUCUGUACCCACUGGUUUUCCGUAGAUCAGACAUAGAGAAAGAGUCCCAGCACGAUGCAUACGGCGUUCUGGAAUGGCCACCGAACCAAGGCUCGGCAAAUCGAAGAAUCAGAUUGAAGAAGCGAGAAGUAGGUCGAUGCGGAGGGAAGAAGUUAGAUGUAGCGAAAGUUGGCGAUUCGAGAUACAUGGUUGAGAAGGCCAGGUUUGGUCCCAUAGGCCGGUUGAUGAACACCGCCUCUUCUUCUAGCAUUGUGCGUGGCUAUGUUCAAGUUGUGAUAUUUGUUUUGUUGAUUUUGUUAGUUAUGUUUGUGUCUCGAUUGGAGGUUUUUGGUAUGUCCAUUGGACUGUAUUGAUCUUUCUACUUAGGCUAAUGUGCCAUAAGAGGUUAUUUUAACUCGGUGUAAUAUAUUUAGAGGUGUCAAAAAUUGUCGUAAAAAUUAAAAUCUUCGUCAUCUAUACCAUUUGCAAGGCAAAUUUAAACGACCUAA